CAAAGUGUCCCGCCCGGAACCCCCGGGCCCUCCCGCGGCGCCCUCCUCCGGCGGCGGCCCCGGUGCCCAGGACGCGCCCGGGAAGGACGCAGGUGCGCGCGGGAGGGGAGGGGGGCGCUGGCGGCGCGGGACCAGGAGCCCGCAGCUGGAACCUGCAGCCCCGGCGCAAAGUAGAAACUGAAAGUGCACUGCGGCGGAUCCUACGGAAGUUCUGGGGGAAAGAAGGCCGAGCCCAGAGCAGCCGUGGCGUGUGCCGCGCCCCCUGGGAUGGAUGCAGCGGCGGGCGCGGCGUGGGGCAGAGGAACCGGCCGCAGACGGCCGCCCGGCCCGCCUCCCGGCGCCGCCGCGCAGCCCGGGGUCCCGGCAGUGAGCAUGGCCUGCGAGAGCCCGCUCGAGCUGCAGCCGCGGUCAUCAUGACCACGCCGCCCCGCAGACCAUGGUCCAUGUUUCUUUCAGGUAUAUCUUUGGAAUUCCUCCCCUGAUCCUCGUUCUGUUGCCAGUCGCAUCAUCUGAUUGUGAGUUCGAAGGUAAAAGCGGCGAAGAGUACCAGAAUGUCAUCAUGGUCAGCCUCAAUGACCUGGACAGGCUAAGAGAAAAUGAUAGCAAUUGCCUGAAUAAUGAACCUAACUUUUUUAAAAAGCAUUCAUGUGAUGAUGAUAAGGAAGCUACGUUUUUAAAUACUGCUGCUCGCAAGUUGAAGCAAUUUCUUAGAAUGAAUAUCCAUGAGGAAUUCAAGACCCACUUACAAAUAGUUUCACAGGGCACGUUACAACUGUUGAACUGCACCAAGAAGGUUAAAGAAAAAAAACAACCUUCCCUGGGUGAGGUCCAACCCACUAAGAAUUUGGAAGAGAAGAAGUCUUCAAAGGGGCAGAGAAAACAGGAUGAAAUGUGUUUCCUGAUGUUACUACUAGAAAAGAUAAAAACUUGCUGGAAUAAAAUUUUGAGCGGCACUAAAGAGCAUUGAAAUGUUUGGCGUGACAAUAUAAAGAUGUGAACUUCAGUUGAAUCCCUCAAGUACCGACCUGCUUGUGCAAUUUUCCGGGGUAGAAUGCCUCCGAGAAAUUACUGAAUAUGUCUGGUAAAAAUGGGUGAGAGCAGCUGAGAAAUACAUGCUGUGGUACUGGACAGACACAAACCAUGGGAACCGAACGCUGCAAUCAACGGACUAUUUCAUGUGUGUGCGCAUGCGUCAGCUGGUGUUAAUUUGAGGCUGAUUUUUGUAAGAUGAUCCAUGUAAGGUAUUAGCUGCAAUAAUCCUUUUUAGACCUGUUAGAAACAUUCAGAAGACAUGUAAAAUCUGUUGUUGUGUAUAAAGGUUUACAAGGAUUAAAAAUUAGCCUUGCUUUAUUUCUUUAUGUCCUACUAUGCAUCAGUAUACUGCAAUGCGUGUGGAUACUGUCAUCUUCUGGCUGGAAACAUUUCAGAGUUGACAGUGAGGUGUGGACAAUGCCCAAGCGAACAAGAGUCAUGGAUCUUAAAGCAGAAACGUAAAGGAGGAUGCUUAAGAUGCUUCAGAGAGGUAUGAGUGUGUAGCACUUUGCCUCCAGUAGAUGGCAUAGCAAAUGCCAUCAAAGGAAAACAAAAUAGGAAGUCACCUGUUUUAAGGCUGCUAAGCCAUAGUACCGAGUUUCUUCUGUCAUAUGCGUGUAAUAAAACUUGUCUAAAUGAGUUUGCCAUUUGGCAAGUAUAUUUUUAAGAGAAUAAUAUAUGUUGCCUUUUAAUGAAUGGAGUAUGUAUAUUUAAUUUUGACACUAUAUCUGUAUAUAAAAAUAUUUUCAUACAGUAUUACGAACAAAUUACUUACUUUGGAUAACAUUUCUCCUUUGAUAAUAAAUGACCUAUGUAUUAACACUGUCAGAUUCGCUUGAUCUCAACAGAACUUUUCCCCCAGUUUUCUUGGGAAACAUUUGACAUGCGUCACUGUAUAUGUUUAAGGUAUCCGACAUGACGGUUUGCUUUACAUAGAUUGUGAAAUGAUUAACAGGGUAAGUUCAGCUAACAUCCAUAGUCUCAUAUAACAAAAAUAAAAGAAAGAA